GUCAUCUGAAGUCAUCAAUUAAUGUAGAUACUUUCUCUAAAAUUCCUUGGGAUGAUGAAAUUUCUGAUGAAUCAAGUAAAACUGUUAGUUUUGCUGAAACAAUAGCCGCAAAAUUUGAUAUUAAACAUCUAAAAAAUAAAAACUUGCUGAUGAUUACUCCACCUGUCAUUAAUUUAAUUGCUGAACCAUUUAUACAAGCUAAUCCUGAUAGAGAACCAUCAACUAUUAAUCAAUAUGCAACUAACUUUUUUUUGACUGCUGAAUCACAUAAAAGAAUCGAUUCUAAUAAAAAAUCUUCAGUUAUUAAGGUACCUAAAACUAAACUUUCAUCAGCUAAACCAUAUACACAAACUAGAAAUCAGUGCAAGUUAACAGACCUGGCAAAAGACAUGUUAAUUAAUCUGAAUGCAUCAGAGCAAUCUCCUUCUGUUUACUCUAAUCAUCAAAAUUUAACUUAA